AGGAAGAGGAAGGAGAACAGCUGUGUCUCACACAGCCAGGCUUCGGUCACAUCAGCAGCAGCUCUGCAGCUCGAAGGUUUUCAUGUGAAGAUGCUCAGUUUCAUGAUCUUCUGUCACGUCUGGCUCCUGCACACAGUUCAGAUCCGCUGCAGAGAAAACUCCACAGCAGUGAUCCGGUUUUCAGUCCCGGAGGACCACCACGUCAGCCUGCGGUGUGGCGGCUCUGACGUCUCCGAUGUGGUCUGGACUCAUCAGAGCAGGAGUGUCGCGGUGACCCGACAGGGCGGAUACGAGACCAACGUGGACCCCCGCCGGUACCUUCUGCUGCCUGACGGCAGCCUCCGCCUCCUGCGGCUGGAUGACUCCGACGGCGGAGAGUAUCACUGCAACCAGCAGCUGGUGGCCGAGCUGCAGGUGCUGACAGGUCAUCACUUCACGGUGUCUGCAGGCCGGACGCUGCUGCUCCCCUGCAGCAGCUCCUCCAAACACAGACUGAGGUGGUUUCAUCGGCGGGAAGGAGGGAGGCGGGAGCUCAUCUUCACCUGGUUCAGAAACGGUACGAUGAAACCAGAGAGAGAGGGGAGCCGGCUCGGCUAUGAGAACGACGCCCUGCAGAUCCAGGACCUGCAGCUGGAGGACGCUGGACAGUAUCAGUGCAACGGAAAGGUGUGGACCAGAGUCACCGUCCUGACAGUGCAGCCGGAGCCAGAGCCAACCAGCAUCCAGCAAACCACCAGUGCAACUGCAACACCUGCUGUGAUGCAAACAGACGUGGGUGAAGGGAAGACGGAGGAGAAGACGAGGCCUGAGAACGCUCUGCUCAUACUGGCUGUUGUCGGUUUGGGGUUAAUGAUCCUCCUCAUGGCCGCUGUCUGUGUGUUACUGACCAGCAUGAAGUGCAGGAGGAAGAAGAAAAGCCCGUGUGCAGCAGCUCCACAGACGCACGAGGACAGCGAGCUGCAGCCGUGGAAGCCGUCCUGCAGACAGCCAGGUAACAGCACCCUCAGAUCUGCGCCCGGGCCUGUUUCCACCUUAAAUACACCUGUCGCCUGUCUCUCCGCAGAGUGCGAGGUCCAUGAGGGUCCGUCCCUGCAGGAGGAGACGAUCCAUUAUGCCUCUCUGGGGCGGCAGAACUGGAGGGAGAGACCCAGCAGGACUCCACCGGAUCAGAACCACCACCAGGUCAUCUACUCCUCUGUCAUCACCAGACCCGCCGCCAAAUAGGACUGCGUCCUGUUGCCGCCGCCCAGCAGCCGUGCAACGAAACGUUAGAUAUGAAACCACGAGAGGUCGUUCGUGAUGCUAACUGCACGUGUAAAUGCUCUUUGCUAAAGUAAACACACACAUGUGACUGACACAGA